AUGACCGGGUCAUCACAGCCCAGUUACUUCUACUUGCCAUACGAAUCUCGACCUCAAAUCGAUCGUUCAGACCUUGCUUUCGCACAGGGCGGGUGCACGUGUAUCUACGACCCAAAGCGCUCCUCCUCACUCUUCUGCGCCAACACCAGUAGCAACGUCAUCAGGAGCACCCCGCACCUAUUCAUCGUCUUCCACAGAAACUCCCAGGAGACGUGCCGUGAUGUGCCUCACAAANAGCGUGGACGGCCCCGUCUACGUGAUGAGGCCCAGUUUCACCUGCAGCAAGCUGGUUCUGAAGCAGAGGCAGUAGAGAGCCCAGUGACGGGUCCUUCGUCUGCUAGACCCAUGGCUCGGCCAGGACACCGCAAAACAGCCUCCUUGAGAACAUUGGCCGCUUUUGCUGCAGAACAGAGUCAUCAGCCUUCAAGUGGUCAAGGUGUCUCGGGUCGGGAACGAGCAUAUUCUUUUGGAGCAGCUCCGCCGACAGGACUUCUACCACCGUCCAGACAUCCCCGCCUAGCUCCAUCCCCUGAGGUGCCGAUAGCCUUCCUCGAUACCGAUUUUGUGGUUUUAAAGGCCAACGCAACGUUCCAACGUCUCUUCUCGUGGCUACAGGAGAUCAAAGGCAUUCGCUUGUCAGAUAUCGCAAAGCCAUUGGAAGGAGACAGCUUUCAGAAUGCUCGGAAUCGAUUAAGAGAAGAAAGAGAGAUACGCGAGCCAGCAUACCUGCCGCCUAUACUGCAGCCAAGAUUAGAUCCAGUCUCAGGCAUUGGAACCACGGACCACGACGUAGAAGAAGUCACAAGAGGGUUUGCCGAUCAUCAAUUCAACUGGACCUUUCGACUUGGAGGUGGUAUUGACCAGACACUGCCGGUCCGUAUGAGGUUGGCCAAGACGUCGGUAUACUUUGUAACUCUUUUCCUACCUCCGUUACCGCCACAGGUCGCCGAGCAAGUUAUAGUUCCUCAGCCACCACCGGUCAUGUUUCCUACGCGAGCUGCAGCACCACCUCCCGUGCAAUUCCAAGGCAGUCCUGUGAUGAUGGAACAGCGACCAGGUAUCUCUGAACCACCGUCUACCUACUAUAUACUCCCGACCGCCGAUCCUGGAUCACAAAACUACACACUCAACCCACGCUAUACCUUUGGUGAACAUUCAUAUACACACAGCACGCAUUAUCAACCCAGUUAUCAUCAACAACAACAACAACAACAACAACAACAACAACAACAACAACAACAACAACAACAACAACAACAACAACAACAUCAACAAUCGGCGCAACAGAUGCUCCCGCCACCGCCAGCGCUCUCACAGUCCUCCGACCAGCGCCCAGGCACGGCAGGAUCUAGUUCAAGCAGUCAUAUGGCCCAGCCUUCCUUUNUGCAACCACCCAUGCAAGGCCACCGCAGUCGCCCUAGGUCAGAUACCAUGGACUCGCUUGGCAGACACAUUCAAACCAGAUUACGAGCAGACAGUGGGGCCACAGUACCAGUAUUUCAUAGCUCGCCCGUGCAGCAAAGGCAUGCUACCGAACGAGUAAGCAGCGAAGAUGACUUUGAGACAGGGGAAGGUUCAGGAAGCCCCAGANAAAGAAGGAGGCUUGACAUCAAUGAGAUGUUGCAACGUUGA